CUGGAUAAUUAAAUUAUGGAUCUCAAGAUCAGCACAUAUUUUUUAAUUAGCUUAACAUAUGUCAUCAUUAGUCCCAUCAUUUCUUAUAAAAAAAAACUGAGAAAAAGAUAAAACAAAACAUAAUGACCCUUUUGCUAUAAACACCAUAGUGUCUGGCAGGAACUCUCUUUGGCUCAUCUUCUCCAGCCUCCUCCCCUCUCCUCUCCUCUCCUCUCACCCAUUCAGAGGUGUGAAAUUCAAAAGUCAAAACCUAUCUCUUCUCUUCUUUCGAGUUGUUUGUUUGCCUGUUUCAAGAAUUACAAAGAUUGAAUGGAUCCAUGGCCGAAAAGAGUCAAGAUCACGGCGGUGCCGGCGGACUCGCCGGAGUCAGCACAGUUCCCCGAUGAAGUCCUCGAAAAGAUCCUAUCCUUCCUUGGGUCCCACAAGGACCGGAACGCCGCUUCGCUGGUCUGCAAGGAGUGGUACAGCGCGGAGCGCUGGUCCCGGACCAAGGUCUUUAUCGGAAACUGCUACUCUGUGUCGCCGGAGAUCGUUGUCCGGCGGUUUCCGAGGAUCAAGAGCCUGACUCUGAAGGGGAAGCCCAGAUUUUCCGACUUCAAUCUGGUGCCGCAGAACUGGGGCGCCGAUAUCCACGCCUGGCUGGUUGUUUUCGCCAGAGCGUACCCUUUUCUGGAGGAGCUGCGGCUGAAGCGGAUGACGGUUUCCGACGAGAGCUUGGAGUUUCUAGCGACGUCGUUUCAUGGAUUUAAGGCGCUCUCUUUGCUUAGCUGUGAUGGGUUUAGCACUGAUGGGAUUAAAACUAUUGUCACACACUGCAAGUAAGACCAAUCUUUUUUCUCUUUUUUUUCACUUUUCACUAAGGAGGCGUUUGGAUGUGUUUUAAUUUUUAGAAAAUGAGCAACAAAAUCUUUUCUGAGAAUUGUUUUCAUAGUCAAUCCCAAACACCUCCUAACUCAGUUUGAGUUUAUUUUCAAUUUAUCCAGUUAAACAUCUUCCAUUUAAACAUCAUUUUUGGGCUUUUUUUAUAUUCAGUAAUUGUUUUCAAUUAACUUACCAUUCAAAAAAGAGGUUCAUAUUAU